AUGGUCUACUGGACGUCAGGUGCACCAGUGAGUGAACAACACCUACCUGUGGACGAAGUGUCAUGUGACCAGCGCUGGACGUGCUACGAGCUGCCUGACAUCAAACCGGCUCUGGCAGAUGGAGACGGAGUUGCAAUGAGUGAAAACACAACAACGCUGUCUGGACAUGAGUCACUGCCAAACUGUGCAUCAACAAAACACAAAGCCACGGCAACGCAGAGCGGUAGAAAGGUGCGCCUGUUUCACUUUCUCUUUGAGAUGUUGGAGGACCCGGCCAUGGCGGAUUGUGUGUCCUGGGUCCCUGCAGCCAGCGGUGUGUUCCGCUUUUCCUCUCAGAACAAGGACCAAGUGGCAGCUCUGUGGGGGCAGAGGAAGGGCAACAAGAAGCCGAUGACUUACCAGAAGAUGUCCAGGGCCCUGCGGAACUACGCCCGGUCUGGAGAGAUCGUCAAGGUGAAGAAGAAGCUCACUUAUCGGUUCAGCCAAGACACCUUGAUGUUGCUGCAGAAGUGUCAACGGGGAGAUUUGUAAAGUGGACUUAGUGACAAUAAAUUAGAUUUUUUCAUCUUCUUUUGGAGCUUUAUCUUUCAUUGCAUU